AUUGGGAUUUAACUUCUGAAAAGUGUUAAAAAUUUGUGUUAAAUCUCCUUUAAGACAAGAAUAUUUUAAAGAGUGUGUUUGUGAGUAAAAUAGAAAAUUUGAAUGAUGGAUCGCAGACCUACAAGAGCCCCCUUCUAUUCCACGGUCCUCAAAUAUGGCCGACGACGCCGUGGCGGUCGUUAUUUGGCAAGGGGCGAUUUUUACGGUCCCCGAUACAUCCCUUUCCUCCGGUAUCAGAAUCGUAAUUUGCUCGAAUUAGGGACUCAUUUGCAACGAAAUUACAAUUCAAUGUUUGCCCAAAUUCCGAGAAAUGCAACCGAGGAAUAUGUCAAUGAAAAUAUUGCAACCGUGCAGAGACUUGUUUGCCCUUAUGAUUAUAACCACCCUUUGUCCGUAUGCCAAUUUUGCGGCUUCGUAGGGUAUAACUUCCCCCUUGGAGACCCCGAAAUUACUAUCGAUAUACAUCUACCACCCCCCGAGGAUUCUGACAAUAAUGAAAGUUCCGACAUUAACGACUUUAAUAAUGACACCAGUGAGCCAAGUGCUCAAUAA